CGGGAGAGGGGCGUGUGCGCGCGUGUCGCCGGCCCGAGCCGCCGCCGCCGCCGCCGCCGCCACCGGGGGCCGCGAGCAGCCAUGCUCCCCGGGGUGGGCGUGUUCGGCACCAGCCUCACGGCCCGAGUCAUCAUCCCGCUGCUGAAAGACGAGGGUUUCGCCGUGAAGGCUCUGUGGGGCCGCACGCCCGAGGAAGCCGAGGAGCUGGCCAAGGAGAUGAGCGUCCCCUUCUACACCAGCCGCAUCGACGAGGUGCUGCUGCAUCAGGACGUGGACUUGGUGUGCAUCAACCUGCCGCCGCCCCUCACCCGGCAGAUCGCGGUCAAAACCUUGGGCAUCGGCAAGAACGUCAUCUGCGACCGCACGGCCACGCCGCUGGACGCCUUCCGCAUGAUGUCGGCGGCCCACUACUACCCCAAGCUCAUGAGCAUCAUGGGCAACGUCCUGCGCUUCCUGCCCGCCUUCGUGCGCAUGAAGCAGCUCAUCGAGGAGGGCUACGUGGGCGAGCUGCUGGUGUGUGAGGUGCAGGUGCACAGCGGCAGCCUGCUGGGCAAGAAGUACAACUGGAGCUGCGAUGACCUCAUGGGCGGCGGCGGGCUGCACUCGGUGGGCACCUACAUCAUCGACCUGCUCACCUUCCUCACGGGCCAGAAGGCCGUCAAGGUGCACGGGCUGCUCAAGACCUUCGUCAAGCAGACGGACCACAUCAAGGGCAUCCGCCAGAUCACCAGCGACGACUUCUGCACCUUCCAGAUGGUGCUGGAGGCCGGCGUGUGCUGCACCGUCACCCUCAACUUCAACGUGCCGGGGGACUUCAAGCAGGAUGUGACGGUGGUGGGCUCGGCCGGCCGCCUCUUGGUGCUGGGCACCGACCUAUACGGGCAGCGCAACAGCGAGGCCGAGCGGGAGCUGCUGCUCCAGGAUGCCACGCCCGUGAGCAACUCACUGCUGCCCGCCAAGGCCUUCAGUGACAUCCCGGCACCCUACCUACGUGGCACCAUCAAGAUGAUGCAGGCCGUGCGCCAGGCCUUCCAGGACCAGGACGACCGGCGCACCUGGGAUGGACGGCCGCUCACCAUGGCCGCCACCUUCGACGACUGCCUCUACGCCCUGUGCGUGGUGGACACCAUCAAGCGGUCCAGCCAGACGGGCGAGUGGCAGAACAUCGCCGUCAUGACUGAGGAGCCCGAGCUGAGCCCCGCCUACCUGAUCAGCGAGGCCAUGCGGCGCAGCCGGAUGUCCCUGUACUGUUAGCGCUGGCCGCGGGGACCGUGGGCAUCCUGGGCCUUCUAC